UUCAAAACAAAAAACCAUGUCGGUGGGCAAGAAGCACGUGUUGGGGUUUUCGCCCAAUGGUGGCCAACUAUUUGCCUCGGUGGACCAGCAGGGCAUCCUACGGAUAUGGGACACGGAGACGAACACGCUGAGGCAGGAGUUUACGCCCAAUCUGCAGUUUUCCGGGACGUGCACAGCUCUCACGUGGGUUUCGGAGUCUAGCGCUCGGCCCAAGAAGCGAAAGGAUGUUCGGCUCUUGAUUGCUAUGGGAACGCUAAAGGGAUCAGUGGUCGUCUACUCCAUGGCCGAGGGGAGUAUUGCUCGCACGCUUAGUGGCGAUAGCCAUGAUGGACCAAUCACCUCUAUCGUCUAUGAUAACGCUGGCCAGCUGUACACCGUGGGCGCGGAUUGCAGGGUGAUCGUGUGGUGCUUGUCGGAGGAGCGAUCCAUUGCCGAAUGGCAGGUGGGACCCGAAAAGCCGCAGAACAUAGCCUAUCUGAAGAAUAGUAGCGCCCUGGCCGUCGGCUCACGCCAGCUGAAGGUGUACGACGUCAAAACGAAGGAGCUGGUCGAGACCUUCACCGGCCACUCAGGCGAAAUAAACGCCAUUAGCAGCAUUGCCUGCGCAGAUGGCACUGAUUUCGUUCUGACCACCGCCAAGAUGGAGCGAGUUAUCUGCUUCUGGAAGGUCGACGGGAAGGGAAAGAACAAGGCAUCUGCGUGCACGCUACUAAUGGAGGAUUUGGCCUACUGUCUGACCAGCGAAGUGCGCGACGACGGCCAGCUGCGAGUGGCCAGUGUUACCCGCAAUGGCAAUAUUCACAUUUACCUGCUGAACGUUAACAGUCUAUCUGCAGAGAAGUUUGUAAAACCCAAGGUGUCCCUGCAAAUUGUGUCUGAUGGCGCCGAAACGGUGGAACCCAUUUUUGCAAUGGCGGCACACUUUGUGACCGAUUUAAAUCGCUCACAUGAAAUCCUCUUUUGCUACGGCAGUCGCCAGCAGCUGCAGUUUGAACGUUUCACACCCAACUAUGGCGAGAAACUGAACGUUAUUUUACGCGCCGAUCCAAAAAAGCUGUAUGCGAAAAAGAAGGGGAAGGAGCAGCUCGGUUAUCAGGCUGCCACUAAGGUCCAGAAGCCCAUAGUUAGCCAAAAAACAGUGGAGUACAACACCGCACUGCCCAUCUCCCAGAAAAAGGUUCAGAACGAAGUGCCCAUGGAGGCUCGCCUACAACACCUGAAGAUUCAUGGAACCAAACUGAGCGGAGGAAAGUUGCUCACACAGAGCAAGACGCAACUGCUUAUGCAGGCAUUACACAGCAAGGACCAGGCAAUGAUACGAGCCGUUCUGAGCACGCAGGAUACAGAGACGAUACAGCUGACUUUAGACAGGCUGCCACUCGAAUACGUGAGUCCCCUGGUGAACGAAUUAUCAACCCUGCUGCAAGGAAAGCACUCCAAUGUCAGAUCUGCUCUGCGCUGGCUGCACGUACUGGCUUCCACCCACACGAGUGUCCUGAUGUCCGAAGAUAAGGAGGCGCUGCGCGAAAAACUGAGCAUUUGCCUCGGUGUGGCGGAGCAGCGGAUGAAUUGCCUGUCUGAAGCAUUACAAAUAACGGGGAGAGUAAAUCUGAUUAUCAGCCAGAUGAAGCGCAAUUCGGACAAUCAUUUGAAUAAUAGAAAAGCCUUAGUACUGAACGAUGAUUCAGAUGAGCCAACCGACGCUCCCGACGAUACGCUGUUAGCUGAAAACAACUGGAGCGACUUGGAGGACCAGCAAGGCAGCUCAAAGAGUGAUUCGGACGAUGAGAUGGUGGCAGACGAUGAGCCGGUAGCAGACGAUGAGCUGGUAGCAGACGAUGAGCUGGUAGCAGACGACGAUCUGGCGACCGACGAUCUUAACGCAGACACAGACUCCGACUCCGACGAACCAAUGGAUAAGUCAGCAUCCCCAUAGAUUAAGUUUACCCGCAAUUCCUUGGUCGUCGUACAGCAAAACAUUAAACAAUUGUUUUCCCAACACAGUUUUCUACACCGAA